AUGGAGAAGAUUCAUUCUGACCUUGAAACCCUCAUUUCGAAAAGUCUCCCACGUGUGAACGAUAAUGCCACCUACACCGACAUUGAACUUAUUCAUAUCGAGAACCCAUCCGCUUAUAGUCAAUUGCUUAAAGCGCUAAAGAAAUAUAACAAGUCUGCCAAGACGGCUAAGAAAUUACGCGAACUGCGUGACGCCUAUGAAAAGGCACGCGAACUGUAUAACGAAAAAAAAUAUCUAUUCAUUUCAGUAGACGUAGAAAGUUACGAGAGAGAUCAUUCUUGUAUUUUGGAGGUCGGCUGGAGUAUUUAUGACGCAAGAAAAGACAAGUCUGACGACCCAGAAAGUAAACCAUAUCUGGAUAGACACUUUUGCGCUACCGAAUAUAGACAUCUGAAGAACGGGAAGUUUGUGCCCGAUAUGAAGGAUAAAUAUAUGUUUGGGGAAACGGUCUGGGCCAACUUGAACAGUAUAGCCGAUCAGCUUCGGGGAGAUCUUAAUGAAACUGAAAAGGGUACCGUUGUCUUCGUUGGACAUGACACGAAGACUGACGUAAAGUAUUUGGAGAGCAUUGGUAUUUUUGUGGAGAGGGAUAUCGAACCAGCUGGAACUUUUGAUACAGCCGAGAUGUAUGCUGCUAGAACUGGGAAAGCAACCGAAAGAAUGAAUCUCGGAAGAACUUGCGAUGAGAUGAACAUUGAGAACUAUUGUCUACAUAAUGCCGGAAACGACGCGCAUUAUACCCUGCUGUUGUUCAUUGAAUUAUGCAGACAAACUCUUCCUGACAUUGAUCUAUCAAAUCUUAACACGACACCGUCGACUUCCCAAGUCACUUACGAGGUUAUCUAG